GAGACCCUGGAGAAUUCUGAGCUCUCUGACUCCUCCCCUCGGAGUGCUACCGGGUGCCCACCUCAUGCUCGCAUCCUGCCCCUGCACCCAGCACAUGCUCACCGGCCUUCCGCAAGUGCUGGGCCAGCGGGGGACCCUGGGAGAGGUGGGCCAGGAAGCCAGGUCGGCCCAGAGGACGUCACGUUCCAGGGGAGCUAAAGACCCUCGUGGGGGGCAGCUCUCCUGAGGACGUGAGGUCAGAGCCGACUCCCCAGGGGAAGGAGGGUGGUCUGGGUGCAAGGGCUCGGAGCCCGGGCUCUGGGUGUGGGGGAAUCUGAGGCUCCACAUGCGAUGGAAGGUGCCGGAGGGUUUCCAGCAGGAGAGGCCGUGUCUCUGGCCACUGUGCAGAGGCUCCCUGCUGCCUCAGUGGGACCCGCCAGACACCCUCCUCCCCACGCCCUGCAGUGCGCCCGGCCCUGCGCGCUCCCUCCGGCCUCCACGCUCUCUGUUCCUCAGCCACAAAUGCUGUUCCUCGCUGUCUCCAUACCACCUCCGCUUUUUCCCGAAGGCCCCCGUCGCGUUUUGCUUUCUGGGGUGGGGUCUGUGCCGAGGGCAGCCUUAAGAGCGGGGUCCCGGCGCUCAAGUCGCUCCAUAAACCUUGGCGCGUUUCACCGAGCGCUCGCUGUCGCCCGCUCCAGACGAACAGGAAGACUCAGGGAGGUGAGGGGACACUCCUUCGGCCACCAGCCAGGAGUGCCAGACUCAAACAGGAUUCAGGAAAGACUCGGUUGGUCUCCUGCACCUGUGGUCCUACUGUGCACAGUCCCAGGAUCGAGGGCCGGGGCAGGAGGUGGGGCUUGGGAGAGCAGCGGGGGCACACCCCCCCCCCCCGCGGCCUCUAUCCCACUGGGUUUGACCCCCAAACUGCUGCCUCUUCUGCAAGGAGGAGAGUUCGCUUGAAACCCUGCAGACCCACACGGCCCUGCGGGGAUGCCCCAUACUUGCUUGUGCUCUUGGCGGCUUCCUGCACCUCUCUGUGCCUGUACGUCGGGGCUGGCGGCAGCGUCUCCCUCACGGGGUUCCCCGGGAAUGGCCAGAGCCGAGGCUGUCGUCUGCCGUGAGCCUGCGCGUCUCCAUAGGGGGCGGCCCGGGCCUGCUUGCCGGGCCCCCGCGGGGCGCGCUCCAUCCCAGACCUGCAGGCACUUGCAGCCGCCUCCCCCACCGGUUUUCUCUUCCGCUUCUCUUUCCUGUUCCACCGCGAUGCCUCUUCGAAGCCCAGAGCGGAAGGGCUUUGGACUGUCAGAACAGGCCCGGUGUCCUCAGCGUCCCAGCCUGGCACCCUCAGCGCCCUCCCAGGCCUUGCCCCAGGGUGGCCUGGUCAGACGAAGGGCUGGCCGGGACGGGGCCGCACCUCACGGGGUGGCCCAGGGCCCACAGCGCUGGCCGCGUUUGCCUUCUUUGGUUGUCACUGGGGACAGGCCGCCGGCCCCACGGCCAGGCCUGGUGUUGAUGGGCCCCCACAGCUGCGGCGCACAUGUGCCCGGCCAUCAGCCUCCUGACAGGCGGGCUGCAGGGGGCAGGGCGCCCGGCAGGAGCAAGGCCAGCGGCUGCAGCUGAGGGACAGCAGGUGCUGUGCGGCCGGCGUGGCGGCUGAGUACCGGCUGCUUCCCCUCCGUGGGGCCUGGCGGGGAAGGGGCUCCUCCACUCGGCCGCGGGUUGGGCGUGCUGGAGGCGGAGGCCGCCACCCUCUGCAUAAAGCGGGGAGAGGCGGUGCGGGGGAUGCACAGGCUCGGGCACAGAUGACACAGCACCCACGGCGGACAGGAGGGAGAAGGCCGCAGCCAUGCCCGACUCCCCAGCCGAGCUGAAGACGCAGCCCCGGGCCACGCCCCCCAGCAUGCCACCCCCGCCACCAGCCGCGUCCCAGGGGGCCGCGCGACACCCCUCCUUCACGCCCCACACAAAUCCAGAGGACGGGCCUGCGAUGUCUCUGCCUCAGGGCCGUUUUCAUGGCUGCUUAAAAUGGUCCAUGGUCUGUCUUUUGAUGAACGGCGGCAGCCACUCGCCGACAGCCAUCAACGGUGCCCCGUCCGGCUUCAGCAAUGGCCCGGCCACCUCCUCCACGGCCUCGCUGUCCACGCAGCAGCUGCCCCCGGCGUGCGGGGCGCGGCAGCUCAGCAAACUGAAGCGCUUCCUGGCCACCCUGCAGCAGUUCGGCAGCGAUAUCUCGCCGGAGAUCGGGGCGCGCGUGCGCACGCUGGUGCUGGGGCUCGUGAACUCCACGCUGACCAUUGAGGAGUUCCAUUCCAAGCUCCAGGAGGCCACCAACUUCCCGCUGCGGCCCUUCGUCAUCCCCUUCCUGAAGGCUAACCUGCCCCUCCUGCAGCGGGAACUCCUGCACUGCGCCCGCCUGGCCAAGCAGACCCCUGCCCAAUACCUGGCCCAGCAUGAGCAGCUCCUGCUGGAUGCCAACGCCUCCUCCCCCAUCGACUCCUCGGAGCUCCUGCUGGACGUCAAUGACAACGGCAAGAGGAAAACACCUGACAGGACCAAAGAGAAUGGGUCAGACCGUGACCCCCUGCACCCCGACCACCUCGGCAAACGGCCCUGCACCCUGAACCCCGCCCAGCGCUACAGCCCCAGCAACGGGCUGCCGCACCCCGCGCCCCCUCCGCACUACCGCCUGGAGGACAUGGCCAUGGCCCACCACUUCCGAGACGCCUACCGCCACCUCGACCCCCGGGAGCUGCGGGAGCGCCAUCGACAGCUGGCGGUGCACGGGUCGCGGCCUGAGGAAGUGAUUGACCACAGGCUCACCGAGCGCGAGUGGGCGGAGGAGUGGAAACACCUCAACAACCUCUUGAACUGCAUCAUGGACAUGGCCGAGAAGACCCGCCGGUCCCUCACCGUGCUGCGCCGCUGCCAGGAGGCCGACCGCGAGGAGCUCAACCACUGGAUCCGGCGCUACAGUGAUGCCGAGGAUGCCAAGAAGGGCCCCUCGCCCACUGCCCGGCCCCUCAGCAGCUCUGCUGGCACAGAGGGGUCUCAGCUAGACCUCCACCGGGAGUUCAUGCCUCGGACCCUCUCCGGCUACAUGCCCGAGGAGAUCUGGAGAAAGGCUGAGGAGGCCGUGAACGAGGUGAAACGGCAGGCAAUGUCCGAGCUGCAGAAAGCCGUGUCGGAUGCUGAGCGCAAAGCCCACGAGCUCAUCAGCACGGAGCGGGCCAAGAUGGAGCGGGCCCUGGCUGAGGCCCGGCGGCAGGCCUCCGAGGACGCCCUCAGCGUGGUCAACCAGCAGGAGGACUCCAGCGAGAGCUGCUGGAACUGCGGGCGCAAGGCCAGCGAGACGUGCAGUGGCUGCAACGCGGCCCGCUACUGCGGCUCCUUCUGCCAGCACAAGGACUGGGAGAAGCACCACCACGUGUGCGGCCAGAGCCUGCAAGGCCCCGCGGCCGCCACUGACCCAGGGCCAGGACAGCCCGACGCCGCCGGCCUGGGCUCCUGCCUGCCCCCGGCCGCCGCCGCCAGCCCCAGCGAGGCAGGCUCCACGGGGCCUUCCCGCCCCGGGUCCCCUGGGCCGCCCGGCCCGCUGGACGCCGCGCCCCGCUGACCCACCCGGCCUGGUGCCCGGCCCUCGGCCGCCACCCAGCCCUGGGAGCCGACCGACCGUCGGAGUCACUGCUGCUACUGCUUCUCUCCAGGAGAAAACCGAACCAACGAAACUGCAUCAACGCAACUUCCUCAGCUCUCAGCUACCUGACGAUCACGCAGCGACCUCUUCUCGCAUCUCAGAAACCUCCCACCAAGCUUUAGCCCGCGGGCACGGCGGCAUCGCGCCAGGCCCGCCCCCUUCUCUCUCUCUCUCUCCUCUCUCUCUAGUUUUUCUGUCUCUGUGACUCACACACAUUCUCUUCAAUGAAAACGAUCGACUUGU